UCAAAUUGGCAUCACGAGAAAAUCCUAUUAAAAGACCCCCAUUCCUUUAGCAUUUUGGGUGAGUUUGACUUGAGCGCCUGAAAGAUCUAUCUGAAGGUUGAGAGCGUAUCUCUCCUGGGAACGACCUGCGACCCAGCUCCUUCUUCCGCUAACAGUGCGUCCAUGGAUUUUCAAGUAAAAGGAUGAUUGUUUCUUGGUCACAUUUCGAGCCUAAGGCUACUUCGUAGCUUUGAUUUGGAAUUAGAAUGAUGAAUUUUGGUCAAGUUACGCAAAAAUGAGGCGUUGAAUACUGUUCAGUUUUGCGCUGAAAAUUUUAGUGCUGUUGCGGCCAACCUUUAGCGUUUGAUUCAGGUUUGAGGUUCCUUGACGAAAUUCUCAGCUGCUUCUAGGACGGAACUUUGAUUUUCGCUAAAACCCCAAACUGACCUCAACUGCGAAGGUUUUUGUUCUGUUUCGACCUAAUUUCUGCAAUACCUGGAUUGAGGUCUUAGGUUGUUUUGAUCUGUUUUUCCUGGAUUAUCUUGGAGCUUGUACUGUAUGUUUGUUUUCUGGGCCGGAACUCUCUCUUGGUCCUGACCUUUGUGCCCGCGUUUUGAGAUUCAUCGCAACUGGAGAUAUUACCAUGUCUGCGAAAUUGCAGGCAUCUGGGGCAAAGCCAAGUCUUACCAGGUCUACCUUUGCUGUGCUAGAAGACUCAGAUAUGGAAUUCCCAGCUCUUAUGGCUGGUAUUCCUGCAAAGAAGACGAACAAAGCUAUGCCUGCUGCUGCGGGUACUCCUGGGAAUGCAGGGGAGGCUGAAAAAGGGGCUGCUUUGAACCCCAAACCUGGGGCACCUGUUAAAGUCACUGCUGCGUCUUUGGCAGUAGUUGGGGAUAUAAUCCCUGCACUGCAACUGCUGCAAGUGAAACUACACUUCCAAAGCCUAAAACAUCUGCUGCAACACUACUGGUUACGCAGGUUGUGACUACUGCUGGAGCUCAAUCAAAUACUGGAGCCAGUAUUUGAUACUCAACCAACUGCUGCAGAAAAAAGACAACCAUGGAACUUGUUUAAAGACAACCGUGAUCCAAAAAAUGGAAUUAAGUUGAAAUAUGUCCCACCGAAAGGUGAAACACUGGACUUUGGGGACCGAGUACUACCCUCGAUGGUUGAAAUGUGGGGACACGGUCUAGUUGGACACUUCACGGGAAGAUUCCCCGGACUCAAAGCGGUCCAUGAUUUGAGAGCUAAAUGGGGAGUAAGAUGCCUUGUAAGGUCUCAUAAUAAAGAUUGGAUAUUUUUUAAAUUUCAAAAUGAAGAGGAUAGAUCCAAGGUACUACUUGAGGGAUCUUACAACGUGUUUGGUAAACUCAUAAUGCUAAAAGAACUUUAGGAGGAGUUCACUUUUGAGGAUGAAGAAUUCCUAAAAAUACCAAUUUGGGUCAAGUUCCCUAAACUACCUAUGAGUUUAUGGAACGAUGAGGCUAUGAGUGAGGUGGCAUCUAUGAUCGAGGUUCCAAUAACCACAGACAAGAUUACUCAGGAGAGGACAAACAAUGAUUAUGCUAGAGUUUUAAUUGAGGUUGAUGUUUCAAAGCCACCACCACUUCAUUUUCCUAUACGACUACCUUCCCGAAGGGUAAUCAAACAAAGUGUGCUUUAUGAAACUUUUCCUAACUUUUGCUUUCAUUGCAAAGAAUUUGGGCACCACCCAUUUUUCUGUAAGAAGCUUGCUAAACGGGACGAUGGAGAAAGAGACAAGGAAAAAUGCAUUGAGAAAAAUGAAAAAAUAGGGAAGGUGGCUGCAAAGCCACAAACUGCUGCUGCCCAGGGGUCUUACCCGACCGGGUUAGCCCCUGAUCCGACCGGGUCUCUUGCCCAGACAGCUACUGCCACUGCCCAGGAGCUCCAAAGUGCCCCUCACCCGCCCGGGGGUACGAAUGACCCGACCGGGCCUACUGCCCAGGGGGCUGAAAUAUGUGCAGCCACCACCCAACCUGCUGCCACCAGUUUGCAACCUGCUGCCACCACUCUACUUGCGCCUAAUGCUGUGAAAGAAAGAGUGAAAAUUGGGCAGCUGCUGCCUUAGUGGUUAAAGGCAACGACAAACAGGGGUAUGCAUACCGAACAUGAGUCUUCCGAGGAUGAAGACGCCGAGGUCUUUUUGGAAGAUCAUGAAAGAAUAGUAACGGAUGAGACCGACUUGCAUCAAGUCGAUGUAAUAACCAAAUGUGAGGUGAUGAAUGGAAAGAAGCUUAGGUUGUUUGUUAAACCAUUUAAAUUUGUGCAUGCGAGUGUGAUCAGAGGGGAUUCUUCUCUCCGACUUACGGAUGAUUUGGACAAAAAAGGCCUAACUUUCACCGCCAAGUGUCUUUGGAGAGUACCGGGAGUUACUAAGAAAAAAGGGGAGGUUUGCUUUGACUCAAAGUUUACUACUCCUUUCCGACUUUUCUUUGGAUGUUAAUUUAGGGAUACCUAAUAUUUUGUUUGAGUUAGGUUUGUGGGAUUGUUUUGUUCCUAAUGUUGUUUGGGUUCAAAAUGAUGAUUUGUGUGAUUUUGAGUCUUGAUUUUGUGGUAUCCCGGGAUUUAG